UUCGCCGUUCCAGCUUUACAAAAGCGGGUGGCAAAAAAAAACCCAUGGCAAGCAUGGAAUACGUUCCAACUUAUUAGAAAUACAAAGCCUUUGGAAGAUAUCGAGUUCUCUCUCCUUUUAGGACUUGCAAUGGCUCCCGCCAGAAGAAAAGAGGUGAAUCUGAAGGAACUGUGCUGAAUGCAGCUCAUUCAUGGAGUAAAGUGAGUCGUUUGGGGAUCAUGAGUACAGGAAUGAAGAAACCACCAGUUGCCCCCAAACCCAAGCUGGUUCAGACACAGAAACCAUCACCUCCCCCCAUCGCCCCAAAACCAGAGAUCCUGCUGCCUUCACCCUCACCCACUGCGCACAAGAGAGGAAAACCUGCUGUUGCCCCCAAACCAUGUUUGCCCAAAGCCCCUCAGAAACCUCUCCAGCCAAGACAAGAUCCCUGCAAAACCCAACUUCCCCCUGUCUCCAGAAACGGGGGUCCUGCUCUACUAUCCUCACACCUGUCCCAUUACAUUAUACCACCCAGUACUCAAGGUCAUCAACUAGGUAACAGCAAAUCAGAAGAUUCUAAGGAAGUAUGUGGAACAGCAGAGGUAGGUGUUUUCAAAGAUGGGGACAGCUCAAAAAAACAGUUGUAUUACAAUGACACAUUGGAACAUGCUUCCCGAUCUGAACGGGAACAAAUGCAUGCUCCCACGGACUCAUGCCACACUUCCACAGAGGCACAGGAAGAACCAAACUCUGCCACACUAGAAAAGGACCAGGCAGGUACACAAAAACAAACUUCUGUCCAGAUCCCAAGACACAGUCCUACGGAACCCCAACAGGAAUGGUCUGCAGAGCAGAAACACACCGGGAACUCCAUUUUUAGCUCUUGCACCAGUGACAAUGAUGGUGUUCCUGCACCACCCAGCAAGCCACUCCCCGUACCCCAUCCACGACGCCCUCGGAGGGCACUUCUUAGGCAGAAUGUUGUGGAAAUUGCACCUUCGGACACUCAAGCAGAUACACCUACAGAGACUCCUGAACACGUUCAGACAGACACAUUACUAGAAAAUCCCGAAAACACUUCGAGAAGCUGUUACACCUACACAGACACACCUCUAAAUUUAUGUUCCCCUAAAGAGAACACGGAAAACACGGACACUGACUCCUCAACCAACACUGAUUCUUUUCUCGAAGUAGACUCUUUUCACAGUGCACAUACUGAAGACUUGCCUCCUGAUCUAGACUCCACCCAUUAUUCAGUUCCGACAAAUGGUGUAACUUUAGCUUCCAUGAACACAGCUGCGGAGGAGGGGUCGCAACCUCCAGCUCCGCCACCUCGACAGAAAUCCCUCCCACAAAUGGUUGAUUCCUCAUGCAAGGCCUCAACAUCAGUGGACAACUUGCUUUUGCAUUGCCACUCAGAUCUUCAAGAGGUUAAGUGUAACGAUGAGGAGGUGCAAAGCGACGAUGAAGAUGAUGGCACAUAUGGAGAUUUUGCUCGAUACCCAAUAACUCGGAGUCUUCCUAAACAGAUUAAGCUCAGCUGUGGAGCACAAGUGGCAGCUAUAACCAAGCCGUCUCUGGACGGGGAGGAAAAGUCACCGAAAGUCAUGCCUAAAAAGCCCCAACGAAACAGUCUUCCCGCAUCCGUCAUGUUGCGGAAGCAAAACAUGUCUCCGCUAACGCAAACUCCCCCUCCGCUUCCUAACUCCAGUCCUCCCAUGUUCGGAGAACUUCCGGCACCUCCUCAGGAGAAAUCUUCAUGGCGAGUCGCUCUUCCUAACAUCCCUAUCUUCGGUAGAAACCAGCCGACUCGCAGUAACAGCCAACCACAGGCUGGAGGUAUGGGAGCUAUUUUCAUUAAACAGAGGGCGAAGUCGUUUUCAUCUGCAGAUCUUCAGCGAGUGGACACCGGAUCCGAAUCUUCCGAGCCGUUGGUGCGCUCCGAUCAAACGCGCCGUAGCUUGCGGAAACUUCUAGAGCUGCGUGUGUGUGCACGGUUGCUUCCGAAGUUGCUUCGCAGUGGACAGUCCCUGGAUUGCACUCGUACUGAUGCAGAAUACGAGGAGCAUAAAGCCACACCCACUAAUCAGGGCGCACCUGGUGAUGAUGAAGAAGCUCAAGGUGACAGUGAGGCUGACUGUGGUGUGGAAUACGAGAAUGUCCCAUUAUACGAGGAGAUUCCAGAGUACAUGAACCUGCCCUGGGUCUAUUCCAGCCAGGAUGUGGACACAAGCGUGUAUGAAGUUCAGGACCCAUGUGAGGUGAACAGAUGUUCUGUGAGUGGUGAUCUGUCAGAGGAUGGAUUGAGCUCUAAUGAGGAAGAUGGCAACAGUUCUGACUCCAGCAAAGAAGACAUGAGCCAUUCAAAAGACAAAGAGGAAGUAGAGAGGGCGAAGAGAAACAAGGUGGUCCACAUCGCAAUGGAGAUCAUGAGCUCAGAGAAAGUAUUUGUGGACGUUCUGAAGUUACUUCACAUUGAUUUCCGGGAUGCGGUUGCCAAAGCGACUCGUGCGAGUGGGAAGCCGCUGGUGGAGGAGAAAGUAUUAAAUCAGAUCUUAUACUAUCUGCCCCAACUCUACGAACUCAAUAAAGACCUGCUGAAAGAGCUGGAGGAGAGAGUAGCCCACUGGUCUGAUCAUCAGAGAUUGGCUGAUAUCUUCGUUCAAAAAGGUCCGUAUCUGAAGAUGUACUCUACUUACAUACGAGAGUUUGACCGUAAUGUGGCUCUGCUGGAUGAACAAUGUCGCAAAAAUCCUCCUUUUGCCAACGUUGUGCGUCAGUUUGAGACGAGUCCGCGCUGUGCUAGUCUUGCUUUGAAGCAUUACCUGCUGAAACCGGUGCAGCGGAUACCUCAAUACCAGCUCCUGCUCACAGAUUAUUUGAAGAACCUUCCUGAGGAUUCAUCCGACUAUAAGGACACACAGACUGCUCUCAGUGUGGUGAAAGAAGUGGCGAACCACGCGAACGACAUCAUGAAGCAAGGGGAUAACUUUCAGAAGCUGAUGCAGGUUCAGUACAGUCUGAACGGUCACCAUGAAAUCGUCCAGCCUGGCAGGGUUUUCUUAAAGGAGGGCACUCUGAUGAAACUCUCCAGGAAAGUUAUGCAGCCCAGAAUGUUCUUCCUGUUUAAUGAUAUUCUGCUGUACACAACACCCGUUCAGUCUGGCCAGUAUAAAGUCAACAGCAUGCUCUCUCUGGCUGGCAUGAAGGUGAGCAAACCAAGUCAGGAGGCCUAUCAGAAUGAGUUAAACAUUGAGAGUGUGGAACGCUCCUUCAUACUGUCUGCCAAUUCAGCCACAGAAAGAGACGAAUGGCUGGAAGCCAUCGCUAAAGCAAUUGAUGACUACACCAGAAAGAAGAUUUCUUUCUUUUCCAGUCGAAGCCAAGAGUUGGAGGGAAUCUCUGAUGAUGGUCUACCGCUGGGCUCUAAAGCUCCUAUCUGGAUUCCAGAUUUGAGAACGACCAUGUGUAUGAUCUGCACGUGUGAGUUCACGCUUACCUGGAGACGCCAUCACUGCCGUGCCUGCGGAAAGGUGGUGUGUCAGGCAUGUUCGUCCAAUAAAUACUACCUGGAAUACCUAAAGAAUCAGCUGGCACGAGUGUGUGACCACUGUUAUAUCAAACUACAGCACAAGGGUGACCAAUCCAAUGUGACUGUUUCCCCUAGUGGGCGGAGUUCAACAUUUGCUUUUUCUAGAAAACAGAAGAAGAUUCCUUCUGCCCUCAAAGAGGUGUCUGCCAACACUGAGAAUUCCUCCAUGAGUGGAUAUCUGCAAAGAUCCAAAGGCCACAAGAAACCGUGGAAGAGGCUGUGGUUCGUCAUUAAGAACAAAGUCCUCUACACUUACGCCGCUAGUGAAGAUGUUGCAGCAUUGGAGAGUCAGCCGCUGCUGGGCUUUUUCCUCCGCGAGGAGAAGACAGGACCGGCUCAAAAAAUGCAGUUUAAACUGUAUCAUAAAAACACACUCUACUACAUCUUCAGAGCAGAGGACAUCCCCACUGCUCAGAGAUGGAUUGAAGCGUUUCAAGAGGCCAUGAUCCUUUGACUGGUCUGGAUUGGAUUAAAUAGAAUGAAUAAAUGUCGCUUGUUUGGGUCUCUGCACUGUGUACACAGGCAGUGAGUUUAAAGAUGCAUAAAUCAAAACCCAGUUUGAAGCAAAGGAUGCUGGUAGAUGUAGUUUAUGCAUUAAUCUAUUUUAAAGGGAUACUCCACCCCAAAAUGAACAUUUUGUCAUUAAUCACUUACCCCUGUGUCGUUACAAACCCAUAAAAGCUUAGUUCGUCCUCGGAACACAAUUUAAAGGUUGAACUAGGUAUUGCAAUCCAAAUUCAAAAUAUUGGAGAUGUUUUUUUUCACCCGGCCCCUCCUCCUCAGACUUGACGCACACGCAGGUUGCGUUGAUUAAUGACACCAACAGAAACGAGCCAACUGGCAACCCGUGGUGCCGAAAUACAAUUGGGUAAACUGGCAGUGGGUGGGUUUCACAAACCAUAACAAACACAGUCAAUCCGGGCCGGAAUGCACAUUUUCAACGGAGAAUAACUGACUGUAGCAUUGUUUUUCAGAUAAACAAGUAUGUUAACUUAGCAUGUUUCUUAAAUAUCUUAAACAUAUUAUGGUAUUUUUAUGCUUUAGUAGAGUCAAAAUCCUACAUACAGCACCUUUAAGAUAUUUUGGAUGAAAACCGGGAGGCUUGUGACUGUCCCAUUGACUGCCAAGUAAAUUAUACUGUCAAGGCACAGAAAAGUAUAAAAAAC